AUGGAGGAACAAAAAAAGAUUGCAGAGGCUGAUGCUAGAAGAUCACUCGAACGAGCUCAGUGGGUUCGAGCAGCUAUCCUAGGGGCUAGCGAUGGUCUACUUUCAACUACGUCACUGAUGAUCGGUGUGGGAGCAGCCGGAGUAGAUGGACGAUCCAUGGUUUUAUCUGGAUUAGCCGGAGCUCUUGCCGGCGCUUGCAGUAUGGCUGUUGGCGAAUUCGUUUCCGUCUCAACCCAAAGAGAUAUUGAAAACACAACUCUAUCUGCUACUAAGCCACCUACCGUCGACAUCAUCAUUAUUCCAAGAGACAAAACGUCGCCUUUUGGAAGGUCUCCGACCAAAGAAGAUGAUAACCUACUUGUUAUUACAAAUCCCUACAAGGCUGCAGCUGCAUCAGGUGUGUCAUUUUUGUUGGGUUCAUCUGUGCCAUUGGUGUCUGCCAUUGUUGUUAAGGAAAUUGAAACUAGGAUUAUGGUGAUUAUGGUGGUGGCAUCAGCAGCUUUGGCUCUGUGUGGGGGCGUUGGAGCUUAUCUUGGUGGUUCACCAAUUAGGACGUCUGCAGCAAGACUAGUGGUUGGUGGUUGGGUUUCCAUGGCAGUAACUUAUGGCUUGCUUAAGAUGGGUUCCACCGUUGAACUUGAAUGA